AUGAUCGACGACACACCCGUGUCGAUGAUGGCAGUCGAAAUUCACUCAACGAGACUUUUCGGCAUCGAAUCAGAUGCUAGCUUAGGAUCUUUAGGCUUGUACUGUCAAACGACCUGGUAUCGGCCCAAGUUUUAUGCUGAAAUAGAGACGUGUUUACCAACAGACUUGGUUUGUGAAGUCGUCCUGACAGACUGUACUAGGUUCUGGGAAGCUAAAGUGAUUAUCUACGAUUUACUGAACAAUACUGCUGGCGUGUCAAAGGACUCAAAGGAAAAGCAGCUUAUAGUUAUCCAUGGGCUCUUGAGUGGACAGAAAAUAGUUGAUGGUAGACCGUGUCAAAUCAGAGCCAAUAGCCACUAUGAGCUUGUGUUUUCAGUUGAAGGACGAGAAGGCGCUAGCAAAUCAAAGCGAGACGAACGAAUGAAAGCUAUCGUGGACAUAUGGAAACUUCACUUGUAUCCUGUGAACGAUCGACCAUCGUCGAUUAUGUGGAGAGAGUUGAUGAAUAAUGCAACCAAACAGAUCAAUUUUGUAGAGGAAGCAAAUGCAAAGUUCGAGGAAGAACUAAAAGAAAGAGAUUGUCGUUAUGCUGAAAUGACAAACGCGUUAGCGAGAAUGUCUGCACAAGAACGGGAGAAGGAACUAUUGAGUCAGUUCGCAGUCGUGUUAAAUGAAAAGAAAAAGAAACUUAGGAAACUGCUCAAAUUACUGGAAAGUCGAGGCAUAUCAACAGAAGAUAUCACUGUGCCUUCAUCGAUAGUGGAUGAAGAAAUGUCUGAAGAACCAAAGACCACGAAAAGAAAGGCGGCACCCAAACGUAACUCUACCAGCGCGGGGCGUGUUAAGAAGACGACUGCCGUUAAAACCACUCGCGCCAAGAGAGGCCGAAGUGCUAAGUCCGGACAUCUCAGUGCGCGACAGAGGGAAAAAAGUCCAGAAAUUGCUUACUCAUUGAGCCUCAUGUCAAUAGAAGAGAGGCAGGAAAACAUAUCGCAGGAAUCGUCAUUGCAAGUGGAACCGCUGCCGCGACAAACUUUUCCCGAGACGGUAAUACAGCCAUUCAACUGGUCGGUGCCUAGAGAUGGCUCGGAAUUGGCCGAUGUAAUGUCAGCAACGACUAUUAGAAGCAACGAAUCGUCUUUUAUUGCUGUAGGAAAGGAGUCUGGAUCAAUUCCCCUUUCCAGGGAUGAUGUGGAAAUGUCACUUACGACACCCUCAUCGGACUCUGCAAAAGUCUGCUAG